CAGUGGGCACCCCCCCAGGCGGUUCCAUGGAGACUCUGUGCCCCGCUCCCCGCCUCGCAGUGCCGGCGUCCCCGCGAGGGUCGCCCUGCUCCCCCACACCCCGGAAGCCGCGUCGGGGGACCCAGGAGUUCUCUCCGCUGUGCCUGCGUGCCCUUGCCUUCUGCGCCCUCGCCAAACCCCGGGCGUCCUCUCUGGGCUUGGGGCCUGGGGAGCUGGCGCCGCGGGCCCCGGUGCUGCUUGGCCCUCGCGCCCCCCUGUGCACCGGCAGCUGGGCCCCGGAUGGCCUGAAGCACCUCGCGGGACAGGCCGGGCGGUCCAGCGAUUCAAACUGCCCGGCCGGCCAGGAUGCCGAUGCCGCAGUGUGCCGGGGCCGCGGCGAGGAGGAAGAGGGCGGAGGCAGUUUCCCGCACUUCGGCGCUCGCUCCGGCGUACCUCCCGGCCGCUGCCCGGCGCCCCGGCGCCCUCGGGAAUCUCCGACCAGCUCCGCCUCGGCUCCACCUAGGCCAGCCCCGGCUCUCGACUCCCAGCCUGGCCCCGCCGCCAGCCCGCAUCAGGAGCCCGGUUCCCGGCCUCCGCCGCCACCUGCGGGCCUCUCCACCGAGGCCGCGGGGCCCGGGCCCGCGUCUGAGCCGCCUCUGCCGGGCCAGACGGCCGCAGUCGAUGGAAACCCCCCGCAGGCCGCCCCCGAGGCAUCAGCCGCCAGCCCCUCGACGGCCAGCGAAGCUCCGGCCGCGCCCGGCGAUCUCCGCCAGGAACAUUUCGAUCGUCUGAUCCGCCGGUCAAAACUUUGGUGUUAUGCGAAGGGCUUCGCCCUCGACACUCCGAGUUUGCGCCGGGGGCCCGAGCGGCCACCAGCAAAAGGGCCCAACCGAGGAGCCGCCAAGAAACGCCGGCGGCCGGCGCCCCCCCAUCGCAGCGCGCAGCCCCGCCGCCCAGCACCGACGCUCCCCACCACGAGCACCUUCAGCCUCCUCGACUGCUUCCCGUGCCCCCCUGCCCUGGUGGUGGGCGAGGACGGAGACUUAGGGCCGGCAUCCUCGCUUCGCCUCCAGGGAGACUCCAAGCCCCCGCCUGCCCACCCACUUUGGAGGUGGCAGAUAGGGGGGCCUGCUGUCCCUGAGCCUCCCGGCCUCAAAUUCUGGGGGAUCAACUUGGAGGAACUCUGAGAAUGAGACCUCUUCUGCCAAGGGGGAAAAGUUGGGGCGACGGCCAAACUGCAGGCUUGAGGGUAGAGCCUCGCUUCUCACAUCUGCCUUUCCCCCUUAUGUCUUAUGGGCUGUGGUCAGAGGGACCUCAAAUGACUGUCAUCUUCAAGCACCUAACUGGUUGGGGUGACACCCCCUCCCCCUCAUCCUUUGGAGACAAACCAAGGGCUGGAGUCAGGAGAAGGCUUAACCGAAAAAGGCUUAAUGACAUAGAUUCCAGUCCCUCCCUUCUUCCAUCUCGGAUCUCUGGGGGCAGGGCCUUCACCCCAGGGGGAGGAAAGGAGGCUACCGCUCAAAGACAAGAAAAAAAAAAGAGGGAGAGAGACCUUGGUGAUGGACAAACCGGUUGUUUCUGUGGGCGAGCCUGGGGAUGAGGGGGCUGCGGUGGGGGUGGGGAGGUGAUUGGCAGCUCCCUGGGGGCAUCCCCCACACCCACCAUCAGGCCUUUAACCCUUUACUCCCCUCAGGCCUUCCCCAGCUCUCCAAGCACCACUGGAACCUUCAUGGAGGAGGAGGCAGCUGGGGCAAGGGGAAGAUCACCCCCUUCCUGUUCUUUUCCUAGGGCCCCCCAAGUCAGGUGACCCCUAAUGGGCGAGAUCUUCAGUCUGAGCCAUGAACCUUUCCCUUUUGUCCAGUUUUGGAGUUGUCCUCUUCAAUUUUCCCUGUUUGCUUUCAGUUUAUCAAGUCUGAUGGGUAAAAGAGGUCCCCCCCCAAUAAAUCAGCCCCCUCCUCUAGUUUACUCCUCAUAUUAGGAGGGGCAGGGCUGAAGGACCUCCUCCUCUCCAAAAGCACAGACUUUGCCUAGGGAAGGGGCCAGGGACUGUCCCAGGGAAAGUAAUGGAAGGUGGAAGAAAUCAAUAAAAUCAGACCAAACAAGUUGCCUUUCGAGGUCCUCUCCACCGAUUUGUGGAUGGGAGGGGGUGGAGGUAGAGGGCAGGCCUGGGUCCAUUCUUUGGACACCCAAUCUCAGCCCCCUCAAAGGAUAGAGAGGAGCUGCUCUUUGUGGAGGGGGUAAAUGAAGGGGCUCUUGGCCUAACCACAAGGUCCAGUGGGGUUUGAAGGGGCAAAGUUUGGGUUUGGAUGGGAGCUGGGGGGAGUUACCUUUAGCUUCCCUCCCUAACUUGAGGCAAUUCGGGAGUUGUCAGGGACCUGAUGGAUCCGAAGUGGGCAGGGCCAGGGGAUUAGUUUUGAGGUCAGAGGUUCUGUUUUCUAGGGGGGAGGGGAGAGAGAGGCCUGGACCACGCCCUGGGGCUAGGAGGGUCCUCUAGAGUCAGAGGGGUGGCAUCAUUUUUUCCUCCACCCAGGUGAGGUCAGGGGAGGUGAGCUCUUAGGGAGAUUCCAAGUUUAGGUGUGAAGGGAACCCGAGGGUUGCGGAUCUGCCCAACAACUGAGGGACCCUUCUGCCCACGCUAGUCAAUAAUGCCCUCUUUUCCCCCAAAACGGGGCAAGGGAGGAACAAUUCCCGCAUACGAUACUGGGGAAGGACUUGUCUCCUUUUCUGUGAAAAUGCUUUGUAAAAAGUUGUUAUUGUUUGCAUAGAGCAGAUUCUUGAGAAAAACUGUUUUGG